GCCUGUAUUGCUGUUGCCCUCAGCAAAAUAUUCUCUGAUUGAUGAUACUGAAAUAUGCAACCCUACUUUAAAAUAUUUGGUUAUCUAUUGUUGCAAUGCUUGCCUUGCUCUGUGCUGUUGAUCCUUUUCAUGUGCCCACAGUUGCUGUGGCUAUGGCUUCAACUUAUUCCCCUACAGUUGUGGAGCCAAAUGGGCAAGUCUCCAAAGCUCCAAUAAUCACCUAACAACACUUUGUUGUUACAUGACAAAUUUAAUCAUACUUAGACCAGCAUUAGUAGCACAUUGAGAGUUUUAAUCUUUAGGUCUAAUCCUAAUCCAGUUCCUAAUCAUCCAGUUGAAUCUUGCCAAGGUGCAAGCCAGAGUGCCUGACUGUCAGUUUGCAGUUGCCAUUGUAUUGGCAUAAAGUUGAACCAAUCUUCAAUCAUGAGUUUUGCCAAUGGUGUUCAUUCUGUAGAAAAAAUUUACCAUGAAAAACAAGUAAAGAAACUUUGUGCUCUUCACAGUUUGAAUAAUCUCUUUCAAGAUGCAUCUGCAUUCUCCAAGGACGAGUUGGACAAGAUAUGUGAAAAAUUGUCUCCAGACCAUUGGAUUAAUCCCCAUAAAUCUGUACUUGGGACUGGCAAUUAUGAUAUUAAUGUCAUUAUUGCAGCACUGGAAGCCAAAGGAUGUGCCAUAGUUUGGUUUGACAAAAGAAAGGAUCCUGGGAUCAUUGUGCUUGAGCUUGUAAUGGGCUUCAUUUUGAACAUCCCAUCGGAGUACCGAGUUGGUCCAGUUCAGUUACCCCUGCGACGCAAGCACUGGGUGGCAGUGAAGAAAGUCAACAACCUUUUUUAUAACCUUGACUCCAAGCUAGAUGCUCCUGUUUGUAUUGGACAGGCAAACGAUCUUUUGGACUGGCUGCGUGUACAGCUGUCAAGCCCAGAAAAGGAACUUUUUAUUGUAGCACCUCAGGACGUCGAGAAAAACAAGAGCUGGUGCUUGGAAGUUGGAGCUGCUGCACAGCAUAUAGAAUUGCCAUCUACGCCUCUAGAGGAAGAAACCAAAAGCAAUGAGCGGGUCGAUGCUCGUCUAGUUCAUCUCAACAACGUCGAAUGUACUCAGGAUGUUAAUCUACAGAAACGUGUGCUGGCACCGCUGGAAGGAGAGGAGGCUUUUUCUUCACCUGGACUCAAAUUUAUCGACCAAGAUGCAGCUAGCGUAGAUAGUGGUAACUUGCGUCGCGCAUCCUCCACUAAAUACGUCAGCACGUCAUCCAGCAUUGACCUUGCGACCAAUGGCGCCAUCGAGAGUUCCAGAUAAGUUAUCGUCAGAAGAAACAUUCAUUUAUUUUAUAAACUCACUAUAAAUUUAAAUUUUGGCUAGUUUAUGUUCUGAUGUUUAGCAGUAGUUAUUUUUUCAUUGCCCCUUUUUUACAGCUUUAGGUCUUUAUUUAUUAUUAAAAUACUCUAGUUUGAUUCUCUGUUCCGCAUAAGAUCUACAUUACGGGACGCGCUUUCCUCUUAAUCUUUUCAUAGUACCUGUGUCUGUACGCAAAAAAUUUUCUUCUAGCGUGUGUUGUUGAUAGUUCGCUGCUCCUGAAAGUUAUCAAGUUAUAUUUAAAUUAUUUAUAAUAUAUUUAAAAACAAAGAUAUUACGAUGUAAAAUUUCUGAUAUUGUAUUUUAUUACGUAGGCAGUGAAGGCUCUUUCAGAAUUAGUAUUUGUAUUCUGAAGGAAGAUUUAGAUUUUAGAAUAUUCGAGGUACAUGAUGGAAGCUUUAAGAUGUGCAAUGCAUAUCUUAACUAUAAUGGAAUUUUUCACCUAUUUAGCUUUAAAAUAUAUCCCACCGAUCAAAACAUUUUUAGUGCAUCCUGGUAUUUAACUUUGAGGUAUCAAGUACGUACCUUAUGUGCUUGUACUGAAAUGUUUAACAAAAUAUUGGCAUCAAAGAAAUAUACCUAGUGAACUAUCUACACAUAAAGGUAAUGUUCAAGUCUGCUGUAUGAAUCGGAUACGAACAUAGUUUUCAGUUGACAUCAAUCAUUUUAAUGAAGUCGCUGAUCUAAAAUGAUUAUCAACUAUAUAUUCUAUGACUAUAUUCUUGAAAAAAAUACUGCGCGUCCAUACGCAUUAAAUAAGGAAAUAGGGAUCAAGUUAAAGGUGAAACUGACGUGUGACCAUUUAUUAAUGAUAAUAGAACGAAACGACACAAAACGCACGAUGAACACCGAAGUCCGGUGUUACCCUUAUGCGAGAUGCAGAUUGGGUUUUAGAUCAAUAUUUUUGGAUUCUCAUUUAUACUCAAAUCAAUUACAUGAACCAUAUGCAGCUCAUAAAAAGCUAUCAGCUCUAGCUAAUAAGGGCAGAAGUUAGAAAAUUAAAUUUUUUUUACUUUAUCUCACGCAGUUUGAUGAAGCAAUUCCAGGAGUUUCUGGGGUUCACUAACGAUUCCUGGUCAGGAAUACUUCAGGGUAUUUGUCUUAAAUAAGAUGUGUUCAGCACGGUCAAAUAUUCGAAGUAAGCUAAUAUAUAAAAAAGAAAAUUAGUAUAAAUUCCAUGAAAGAUACAUUUUAUUAAAGCAUUCUCGAUAAAGGUAUAUAAAAGCUUGUUCGAUGAAGGUAUGAAGUGAAUAGCAUUAUGCAUGUUACGAGUUACCAGCAGUUAUAAAAAGAACAAAUAUUCGGUGAAA